UGCUUACAAUAGCUAUCAUUUUGUGUUUAUCAAUAUGCAUAGUCAAGAAGCUCAUAAACUUCACAUAAUUUUCUUCCCUCUCAUGGCUCAUGGCCACACAAUUCCAUUAGUGGACAUGGCCAAGCUAUUUGCUCUAAAAGGAUUAAAGACAACAAUACUCACCACUCCUCUCAAUGCACCUUUCAUUUCCAAACCAAUACAAAGAGCCAAGAAUUUGGGUCUAGAAAUUGAUAUCAUAACUCUGAAAUUCCCCACAGUUGAAGCCGGUUUGCCCGAAGGUUGCGAAAAUCUCGAUUUCAUCACUUCGCGAAACAUGGCGUUCGAUAUGGUGAUUAAAUUCGUCAAGGCGCUAUCUUUGUUUCAGGAGCCUCUCGAACAGCUCCUGAGCGAAUGCCGCCCUGAUUGUCUCAUUGCUGACUGGUUCUUUCCUUGGGCUAAUGCUGCUGCUUCCAAAUUCGACAUUCCGAGGCUCGUGUUUCAUGGAACUAGUUUCUUUUCUUUAUGCACUUUUAUGUCCAUUGCAACGUACAAGCCACACGAGAAAGUUUUGUCAGAAUCAGAACCCUUUAUUGUGCCUAAUCUUCCAGGAAACAUAAAGCUGUCAGGAAACCAAUUGCCAUCUUACGCGAAACAAGGUUACGAAGCUAAUGAUUUUACCAAGCUGCUGAGAGAAUCAACAGAGUCAGAGCUAUCUUGCUUUGGUGUGGUUUUCAACAGUUUCUACGAGCUUGAACCGGACUACGCUGAUCAUUACAGAAAUGUUCAUCAACGAAGAGCCUGGCAUAUCGGUCCGGUUUCACUCUGCAAUGUAGACAUUGAAGAUAAAGCACAAAGAGCUGGUAAAGAAGGCUCCAUUGACGAACAUGAGUGCCUGAAAUGGCUAAAUUCCAAGAAACCAAAUUCAGUUAUUUACAUAUGCUUUGGAUCCAUAACCAACUUUAAUUCCUUUCAGCUAAAAGAACUCGCGAUCGCCCUGGAAUCUUCCGGGAAGGACUUUAUAUGGGUUGUCAGGAAAAACACGAAUCCUGAAGAAACUCACCAGGAUUGGUUACCUGAAGGAUUUGAACAACGAAUCGAAGGUAAAGGACUAAUCGUCCGAAAUUGGGCACCACAGAUUCUAAUACUUGACCACGAAGCGAUAGGAGGAUUCGUUACGCAUUGUGGAUGGAACUCGACACUCGAAGGAAUAAGCGCCGGGGUGGCAAUGGUCACUUGGCCAGUAGGUGGUGAGCAAUUUUACAAUGAGAAGUUGGUGACAGAAGUACUCAGAAUUGGUGUAAGUGUUGGUGUUCAACAAUGGUCAUUUUAUGGAGAUGGUGUUAAAAGUGAAUGCAUAGAGAAGGCUAUAAAUAGAGUAAUGGAAGGUGCUGAAGCUGAAGAAAUGAGAGGCAGAGCAAAAAAACUUGGAAGGAUGGCUAGAGAGGCUGUUGAAGAUGGUGGAUCUUCUUUUACUGAUCUUGAUGCUUUGAUUCAUGAAUUGAGGUUCAGAGCUGCAAAAUUAAAAUUUUGAUUGUUUAGGUUUAGGAUUUUUUUAGCAAAGUAAUGUCAUUAUCUUUAGUGGCUACAAAAUAUAAUAUUUUAAUAUC